AUGAUAUUUCUCAUCCUGAUUGCAGUUGUGAUUGGUUUGCUGCUCUGGAAAUGGUUGGAUAUUCGAUCUGUUGAUGAGUUGUCGAAUAUUUUGAAGUUGGUGACAAGUGGAAAUGGACAACAUGUUAUGUCGAAUGUUUUCCAGGUUAGUGAGGGGUUUUUGGGCGGGAAUUUGAAAUUUGAAGAGUGGCGGGGGAAUUUGCGAUUUUUUGAGACUAAAUAUGAUAUAUUUUUGGCGCUAAAAAUUACAAAUUUAAAUUUAAAUUUUUUUUUUGAAAAGAUUUCAUUGAAAUUAUUAUUAAAUUCAACAAAAUCCAGAAAUUUUAUUAUAAAAAUUUUGAAACAGUAAAUUUUUUUUUUGAAAAAUUCCUUAAAAAUGUUUUUUUUUAAAUCAAGUUUGGGGAAAAUUCAAAACUCAGCGGAAAAAUGGUCAAUUAUUCCAGGUCGAUGAAAAUUCGAAACGACACGGUGGAGAACUCGUCGCCUCGGUUCUCAAAGCCCACGAAGUUCAAGAAAUCUUCGUGCUCUGCGGUGGUCACAUCUCUCCGAUCCUCGUCGCCGCCGAAAAACUGGGCAUCAACAUCAUUGACACUCGCCACGAAGUCAACGCAGUGUUCGCAGCUGACGCAGUCGCUCGCUUGCGGCAAUCAAUUGGAGUCGCCGCUGUUACCGCAGGACCCGGUUUGACGAAUACAAUUACAGCUGUCAAGAAUGCACAAAUGGCUGAGAGUCCAUUAUUAUUGAUUGGUGGAGCUGCGCCGACUUUGUUGAAAGGACGUGGUGCACUACAGGAUAUUGAUCAGAUGGUGUUGUUUAGACCAAUUUGUAAAUAUGUGGCGAGAGUUGAGAGAUUGAGAGAUAUUGUUCCGACUGUUAGAAAAGCUAUUCAGGUAAGGGUUUUGGGGAGCGAAGGGGGGGGGGGGGAUUGUGAAAAAAAACUCGGAAAAUUUUGAGUCAAAAUAUGGCAAGAUCUCAGACACUCCAUUUUUUUCGAGAAAAAUUUGAUUUUCCAUCUGUUUCAAAAUUUCUGUAUUAAUUUUCUCAGUUUUUGAAAAAAACAUUUUUAAAUCUACUGUUUCAAAAUGUCUACAUUUAAAAAUCAGCAUUUUCAAAACGAUUUUUGCAUUAAUUAACUUUUGAUAUAAAAUAUGAGGGGCUUCGAAAAAAUAUGGUUUUUUCUACUGUUUCAAAAUUUCAACAUUUAAAAAUCAGCAUUUUCAAAACGAUUUUUGCUGAUAUCUCAUAUAAAAUAUGACUGGGGCUUCGAAAAAAAAAAUGGUUUUUUCACUGUUUCAGAAUUUCUCGAUCAAUUUUCUCAGUUAUUAUUGACGAACCCCCAGCCUGAAAAAAAUUUUGAAAAAAAUAUACUGCUUCAAAACCACCUUAUUUAUUACUAAAAAAUAUUAAUAUACUAUAUAUCUGUUGAUUAAAAAGUAGGGUUCUAGCUGAAAUUUAUGAAAAUUUCAGAAAAUAUGGUUUUCUAUGAAGUUCGGCGAAUAAUUUCAAGCUGGAAAAAAGUAUUUUUUUACUGUUUCAAAAUUUUUAUAUGAAUUUUCUCAUUUUUCAAAAUUUUGAUGUUGAUUGGAACCUUCUGAACAAAGGAAAAUUUGAAAAAUCUAAUCAGGAUUUUCAAAACGAUUCUUCUAAUAAUAGAUUUGUGAUAUGAAAUAUGAAUAGGAAUUCGAAAAAAAAUGGUUUUCCCACUGUUUCAAAAGUUCUGUAAUAAUUUUCUCAGUGAAAUUUUGAUUAUUAACGAACCCCCUGACUGAAAAAAAAUUUGAAAUAAUAUACUGUUUCAAAACUACCUCAUUUAUUACUAAAAAAAUAUUAAUCCAGAUUUAUUGAUUGAAAAAUAGGGUUUUAGCUGAAAUUCCUGAAAAUUUCAAGAAAUACGGUUUUCUAUAAUUUUCAGCGAUUAAUUUCGAGCUGGCAAAAAGUAUUUUUUCACUGUUUCUAAAUUUUCAUAUGAAUUUUCUUAGUUUUUGAGAAAAAUAAAAUUUCAAAAAUCUACUGUUUCAAAAUGUCUACAUUUAAAAAUCAACAUUUUCAAAACGAUUUUUGCUAAUAUCUCAUAUAAAAUAUGACUGGGGCUUCGAAAAAACUGGUUUUUUCACUGUUUCAAAUUUUCUGUAUCAAUUUUCUCAGUGAAAUUGUUAUUAUUAACGAACCCCCAGACUGAAAAAAAAUUUAGAAAAAAUAUACUGUUUCAAAACUAUCUUAUUUAUUACUAAAAAAUAUUAAUAUAUUAUAUCUGUUGAUUAAAAAAUAGAGUUCUAGCUGAAAAACCUGAAAAUUUCAGGAAAUAUGGUUUUCUAUGAAUUUCGGCGAAUAAUUUUGGUCUGGAAAAAAAGUAUUUUUUCACUGUUUCAAAAUUUUCAUAUGAACUUUCUUAGUUUUCAAAAUUUUGAUGUCGAUUCGAACCUCCAGACAAAAGGAAAAUUUCGAAAAAAAAAUCUACUGUUUCAAAAUAUGGAUUUUCAAAUAAUUGCAAUGCUCAUUUCAAUAUAAACCCUAAAAUUAUAAGUUUGAAAAUAAUUUUCUUUCUCAAUCACUGUUCCACCUACAAAAAAAUCACUGUUUCAAAAUUUCUGUAUGAAUUUUGGCAGUUUUUGAAAUUUUGAUUAUUGAAUCCUAUUAACCUUAAAAUUUAAGAAUAGAAAAUGCCUAAUAAAAUCUACUGUUUCAAAACUUUCUUUUUCAAAAAAUAAUGUAUAUUUUUUGAAUUCUGUCGAAGUUUAUUCAAUUUAACAAAAAAAUUUCGAGAAUUUUGCGAAAAAAUCGUGAAGUCUCGGAUUUUUGAUACCGAAAAUGCUGGUUUUUCUAGAAAAUAUGAGAGAUUUUUUCACUGUUUCAAAAUUUUCUCACUUUUUCAAAUUUCAAUUCUUGGUUAGAUUUCACGAUCGGAUUUUUACUACCCAAAACAACGUUUUUUCAAACGAUGCUCCGCAAACACAGUGUUUUUCCCCUCCAAAACCUUCUUUUCAGGUCGCUAAAUCCGGCUGCCCAGGUCCAGUUUUCGUCGAAUUUCCCGUCGAUGUUUUAUAUCCCUACGAACUUGUCGUCAAAGAAAUCGGUUUCAAUCCAAAUGCCAAAGGUUUCAUCCAAAAAGCCUUGAAUUAUUAUUUGCGUUGCCACGUGUCACGUCAAUUCAGUGGAGCAUGGCAAAAACAAGAUAUCACACCAUUGGAAAUAUCGACACCAAUGCCAAAAGGCGAAGAUAUAUCGAAAAUUGUGGAAUUAUUGAAAGGCGCUAAGAAACCAGUGUUAUUAAUUGGAUCGCAGGCAACACUGCCACCUGUGAAACCAGACGAUUUGGUUCGAGCUGUUGAGAAAAUUGGAGUGCCUUGUUUUUUGGGAGGAAUGGCACGUGGAUUAUUGGGAAAAGAUAAUGAAUUGCAGAUGAGACAAGUUAGAAGAGAUGCGUUGAAAGAGGCGGAUUUGACGAUUUUGGCAGGUAAGUGGAAGAUUUGGAGGGGUAUUGUUAUUUUGAAACAGUCGAUUUUAUUGUUGAAAAAUGUGGAAGCCGUAAAAAUUCAAAAAAACAUUACUUCGUCAGUCGCGUGCGGCUGUGCGUUGCGGUCGGGAAACAAUCAAUAAUUUUCCGCGACGCACAGCCGCACGCGACUGACGAAGUAAUGUUAUCCACAACAUUAGGCUAGAUAUUAUCGAAAAUCUCAUCGGUACCACGCGCUCCACCAAAAUAAACACGCAACGCAGACCGCGUCGCGCCACAACACACACAAAUAAGGGAACGAUUCAAAUUCCCUCCUUUUUUGUGUUUGUUGUGGCGCGGCGCGGUCUGCGUUGCGUGUUUAUUUCGGUGGAGCGCGUGGUACCGAUGAAAUUUACGUUAAUAUAAAAAUCGGAAAUCCGUAGUGACUACGAAUCCGCGAUUUUUAAUUUUUAUCCAUAAAAUUAAUUAUUGUCUGAAAUUUAUUAAUGAUUAAAUUUUAUUUUUUGUUGAAAUUUUAGCGAUUCUUAAAAAAAAUUUAAAAAAGAAAAAUUAUUAAUGAUCAAAACUACAAAUUCAAAAUUAUGUUCAAUCCUCCAAUCUCGAAAUUCAAUGAACUGGCGAAGUUCGAGUAAAAAAUAGAUGCAAAGGUCUCGUUUGCAAACUUUUCACAAAUUGUCGAUAUUCUUUAACUGUCAUAAUCAUAACAAUGCAAUUAAUACUCGAAUGACAACUGAAUAAUAAUUGAUGAAAAAAUAGAACUGUCUGAUUUUGAGAACCAAAAAAAGCAAAAGCUUCGGUCAAAAAUCCAAAAACUGGGAUAGCCAUAAUACAACAUGUUGAAGCCUUUAAUCUUUUUUUUCUUUAAAGGGUUUUCGAAGUUGAACAUACCUGCGCAAACAAACUAAAUAUCGCAUUUUGAUGUGAUUGUUUAUAUGAAUCAGAUAAAGUUCCAAUAACUCUCCAAAAAGUUGACAACAUAUGAUAACUUAUUGCUGAAACUAAUAAUACACCCAAAGCAGCAGCAAAAGCCAAAUAAAAUAAUGAUCCGAUCAUUGUUUGAUUAUCUUCAAGAAAUGAAAAAGUUUCGGUUUUCUCAAAUCUCAAAUAUAAAUUCGGAUAUUUUUGUUGGAUAAGUUCUAGCGAUUUUUGUCGAGGAAUUUCGCUGGAAAAAAUGAUGAGCAUCACACUUGCACCAAAUAUGAGACCAAGUGAUUUGACAGCGAGUUUAUAGGCGGGUUUUAAGAUGAAUUUAGUGUGACUUGCAAGAUCCAUUAUAGUUUGAUGUUUUUCAACAAAUUGAUAGAAUAUUAUAUUGAUUUGGAAUAGAACGAAAAUUGCCAAUAUUGUCUGGAAAUUUUUUAUUUGAAAUAUCUUUGAGCGCGUGCGGUUUGCAACGCGGCUAGAAAAAUUUAUUUUUUCUAGUUUUCCAUGUUCAAACUACAAACUUCUGGUCGCGUUGCAAAUGCGUUUAAAAUUUUUGAUUCUGACUGUGAUUAUUAUGGUAUCAUCAAUUUUAAUACUCACCGUUGAUUGAAAAGAUGUGAUACCAAAAAGUCUCCAAAAAUAACCAUCAGUUGUAAUAAGUAUCCAAACUGGUAGAGUUAACACAAAUUGACAACCAAGAGUAAAACUAAUAUCAACAAAAAUCGAGAAGAUCACAAAAGCCAAUAAAUAAUAUUUAUAAUUGCCAAUUUUUGAACUUUUAUAAAUUAUCAAAUAAAUUCCAAAACUAUUGAUAAUUAAUGAGAUAAUUGAAAUAAUAUGAUAGGAUAUUAGAACCCAAGAUGGAUUUUCAUAUGUUAUUUUAUCUAGAUCCAUUUCGAGACAAAUAUAUUGGAUAUAAUUUAACUUAUUUUUUGGAGAAGAAUAAUAAAUUAAACAUUUCAGCUGUUGUUCCAAGAAAAUGUUCUGUGCUCACAACAAACAGCUGAUAUUUUAUGGUCUAAUAUUAGAUAAAAACCGCAAGCUUGCGCCAACCAAAGUUUCUAUACCAAAAAAAAAUAUUUUUUCCAGGAACCGUCACCGAUUUCCGUCUUUCUUAUGGUCGAACUUUGUCGAAAAAAUCGAAAAUUGUGGCAAUCAAUCGAAAUUAUUCGCAAUUGACCAAAAACGAGAAGGCUUUCUGGAAUGCUGAUGUUUCGGUUCAGGCUGAUGUUGCAUCGACACUUGUACAAGUUGCUGCACUUCUUGGGGUACGGUAGGGGUUUUUGGGCGGGGAAAUGGGAGUUUUGAGCGAAAAUCUGAAGAAAAUCGGGUAUUUAUGAAAAAAACCGUUUUUAAAAAAUUGACUGUUUCAAAAUUUGUAUAACAAUUUAUCAAAUUUGAGAAUUUUGAUCAACUGUUUAAUUGUGAUAAUUUUGCCAAAAAUUAGAUUCAAAAUUAUUUCACUAUGCUAUUUUUCAACCUGAAAAAUCCACUGUUUCAAAAAUUCCAUAAUUUGUUUCUGCGAAAAUCGAUUUUGAUUGUUUUGAAAAAAAUACGUGUAAAUAUAUGUUUCAAAUAUUUGAUUUUAAAAUUUCGAAACAAUCAUUUUUGCUGGACGCGAGCAACUUGUCGAAAAUUUUAUUUUCAUUUAAAAUUUGAAAGAGCGUCGCUACAAUCCUGAUAUCUCUGUAACAAAAAUUCUUUUCACGACACAAAAAUCUCACUGUUUCAAAAAUUUUAUAUGAAAAUUUGUUAAUUUUUCUGAAACAAUACAGUUGUCGUGAUUUACAUGUAUCUAGAAAAAACCCAGAAAAAUUUACUGUUUCAAAAAUUUUGUGAAGAAAUUUCGAAACAGUAGAUUUUUAUUCAUACAAAUAAUUAUUUUUAGAAAAAAUAACUGAAUGUUGUUCAAAAGAAAAUUUCACUGUUUCAAAAAUGUUGUAUACAUAUUUUGAAAAAUAAAAAAAUUAUUAUUAGUAAAAUAUACAGAAUAUCACUGUUUCAAUAUUUUGUGAAGAAAUUUCGCGUAGAAAUUCCUUGCGGAAAAAACUUAAAUUUGCUUCUAGUCAACAUACACCAAACCACAAUCCUGGAUUUCAACUCUUCGCCAAAAAGACAAUGAAAAAGAAGAGGCAAAUGCCAAAAAAAUUGCACCAAAACUCACCAACGGAUUCCUCAACCCUCUGAGUUUCCUGAAAACUUUGGAUGAAAGUUUGCCAGAAAAUGCAAUUUUGGUGGCCGAUGGUGGAGAUUUUGUUGGUUCGGCCGCUUAUAUUAUUCGACCACGUGGACCACUUCAAUGGUUAGAUCCUGGAGCAUUUGGAACACUUGGAGUUGGUGGAGGAUUUGCACUUGGUGCAAAAGUUGUGCAUCCAGAAAAACCAGUUUAUAUUAUUUGGGGAGAUGGUUCUUGUGGAUAUUCGUUGAUGGAAUUUGAUAGUUUUGCUAGGCAUAGGUAGGCUUUUUGGAAAUUCGGCGAGAACAAACAAAUCUUGGAGAGCACAUUUUUUAAUAUCAGAAUUUUGAAACAGCGAGAUUUUUUAGAACAUAAAAUAUAUUUUUACUCAAAAUUUUAACCAAAAUAUUUUCACUGUUUCAAAAUUUUCAUAUCAAAAAUAUGAUUUUUCGAAUUUUAUUCUUGAAACGUUCUGAUUUGUUGGAAAUAUCUUUCUGGCCCAAAAUUCUACAGUACUCUUUGUAAAAAAAUUUUCAGUAACCUAGAAUUAAAGUGCUGAAAAUUCUGUAAUUUAAAAUUCAUGAAUGUUUUUAGUUACAAAAUUGUUCACCAAAAAAUCUCACUGUUUCAAAUUUUUCAUAUCAAAAAUUUGAUUUUUCGAAUUUUAUUCUUAAUUCGUUUUGAUUUCUUGGAAAUGUCUUUCAGGUCCCAAAAUCUACAGUACUCUUAGUCAAGUUUUUUCACUGACCCAGAAUAAUAAUGCUGAAAAUUCUGUAAUUUGAGAUUCUUGAAUUUUUUAAAGUUACAAAAUUGUUCACCAAAAAAUCUCACUGUUUCAAAAUUUUCGUAUAAAAAUUUGAUUUUUCGAAUUUUAUUCUUGAAACGUUCUGAUUUCUUGGAAAUAUCUUUCUGCCCCCAAAAUCUACAGUACUCUUUGUAAAAUUUUUUCAGCAACCCAGAAUUAAAAUGCUGAAAAUUCUGUAAUUUGAGAUUCUUGGUUACAAAAUUGUUCACCAAAAAAAAAAAAUUUCACUGUUUCAAAAUUUUCGUAUAAAAAUUGAGAAUUUAAAAUUUUUUGAUUUAUAUGCACAACUCGAGGACAUCAAAAAAUAUGAAUUUUUGUUGAUUUUCAGACUUCCAGUAAUUGGAAUUGUUGGAAAUGAUGCUUGUUGGACACAAAUUGCACGAGAACAAAUUCCAAUGUUCCAAAGUUCGGUGGCUGUUGAUUUGGCGGUAAGAAUUUUGGGGAUUUUCGGUUGAAAAAUGACAAAAAAAUCAGAGAGAAAAAAACUGGAUUUUUUUACGUUUCAAAAAUGUUAUAAUAUUCGAUAUCUUUUUUUUUUUGAAUUCUUCAAUUUUUUACAUCAAAAUUUGAGUACCUCAAAAUCCACGUGUUUUUUGCAGCGUACCCGAUACGACAACGUGGCAAUCUCAUUAGGUGGAUGGGGAGAAACAAUUGACGCGGAAAAUGUUGAAAAAACACGUGGCAUUUUGGAUGAAGCAUUGAAUUUUUCGAGAAAAUCGGAGAAAAAAGAACGAAAAAGUGCAUUGAUCAAUGUUUUGAUUGGAAAAACUGAUUUUAGAGAGGGAUCCAUUUCGGUUUAA